AUGAUGCGGUCUCUGAUUCUGUUCUUGUUCGGCCUCCUGAUGCCAGUUUUAUUGGCCAAGUCGGAACCGUAAGUGACGUAGCUACCGUAACCUCAAUUAAAAAAUAAUGUUUUAAGGUCAGCCGGGGGUGUCUACGAAUUCAAUCCAAGUAUGUUUUCAUCUUAUUUUAGAUCAAAUUUAGAUGAAUAAUGCGCAAUAAAUAGGGUUUUUUAGGGGAUUGGAAAGCCGACAUGAGUCCCCAUAACUUCUACAGAUUCAGGUGGGUAAACGUGAUCAAAUUAUAUUAAUAUACAGACGCUACAAUGUGUUCUCCAACGACAAGAGAUCCGAGAUGGAAUUCGACGACCCACGGUGAGUACAGUACCCCUUCUAAACACCUAUUUCAGAUACUUUUCGACCGCGUUUGGAAAGAGAGCCAGCAGUUUCUUGUAA